AUGCCAUCAAAAGAUAUUUACGCCCUGGCUCGUGAGCCCACCGAGACAGAGCGCCUUAAUGCCCAGAACCUCUUCCUGAUCGAUUGUGUUGGCUACAUCCUGCACCAUACCAUACUUUCACGGCUUCCACCAGCCGCUCGUAUCUGUGAUCUGGCCACUGGCACCGGGGCAUUCCUGGCGUCACUCUCGAAAGAGCUGCCAUCGAACACGCAGCUGGAUGGCAUAGACUACUCAGACGCAGCGUUUAUGCCGGAAGAGCAGUUGCCCAAGAACGUGCGAAUGACUGUCGGCGAUGCCAAAGUGCCAGGCACGAACGAAGAGACGGGGCUGUACGAUGUCGUCUGCAUCCGAUUCAUCAAUGCUGCUAUGGUGCCCGAAGACUGGGCGAAAGUGGCGGAGAGAGCAGCGGCAAUGCUGAAACCUGGUGGUGCCCUCCAAUGGAUUGAAGCAGAUUUGCUCCAGCUCGCCACUGUCCUCCGCACACACCCGAAGGCUUCCACCGUAGCUACGGAGCAAGCCACCGCACGAGCUAUGAGUUCCACUCCCCAUGCAAGCUGGUUCGUGACGAACCUCGCUUCAGUCCUCGAGAAUGCUGGGUUUUCGCAAGUCCGCAGAUACGUCAGCAGCACGGAUCGAGACGUUGAGGGCCGCUUGUGGAUGACGAAGAUUGCGAUAGGAGCCCAAUACGCGUUGUUGAGGCAGCAGGUGAUGAGCGGUGCCGAGGGAGCGUUGACGGCGGAGCAGGUGGAAGAGGCGAAAGAGGCGAUGGAGAGGGAGGCCGAAGGCGGGAUGUACCUACGAGCGGAUAUGCAUACGUUCGUUGCGUGGAGGAAGUAG